AUGCAUGCGGCUUUAAAUGAUAUGCAACAACAGCGCAACAGACUCGUGACAAGCAAGGCCAGUCCAGAGGCGACACCACCUCCCACACACGCUGCUAGCAGCGGACAAUCCGCCAAUGCUACCCCAUCUGCUAACACAGCAGCACACGCGGCAGCUCCACCGCCAGCAGCCCCUAUCAAUGGAGUGAAUGCCAAGGCUGUGAAUGCUGCAUCUGCCAACACUGGUAAUAAUGGAGCUAAGCCCAGCAACCGCAGCCGAAUUAUGCUACCACUUCCGCCUCCUGGGACUGGAAUUCGACACAAUGUGCAAGCAGCAUCAGAUGUAUCGACGCCCUCAACAGGGAAACCCAGAGGAGCUGCAGCGGGGCUACCCUUACCGCCUCCUGGGACAGGGAUACGCCACAAUAUACAGGCUGUAGCUGAUGCGUCAACACCUCCACCUGGCCAGCUCAGAGGCGCCGCUGCCUAUGCGGCCAAGCUUGCUGCUCAAUCUAAAGCUGCUGCUGCUGCCACCCCAACAACAGAAUAG